AAAAUUGAUGGUGACUAGACAUAGAUAUGUUGACUAGAGACCAUUAGACACAAAAUUAAUGAAGUAGAUAUUUCAAGUUAAAUUAGGCUUAUAAAUUUAGUAAAAUGUGUCACGCAUUCUACGCGGAUGCUUGGAAACGGACCGCGCGGCGGGAUCGAGCGUGGUAUCAAGAGAGGCUGAUGCCAGCCCUACUGGCCGCUAAGGAGAAACAAGCUAGGGACAUUGAUGCGACGAUCGCCGUUGCUCAGGAUCUUUUACGGAUUUACGACGAACCUGUGCCGAAGCCUACACCGGUGGCGCCGCAUGACAUAGAGCAUCGCGACGACGACAGCCUCAUGAAGCCGAUAGAGCCAGAAGUGUUGAACCUGCUAUACGGAUGCACUGAGAAGGGUGCUGCUGAACAGUAUCUUAAAGCGAGAUACAAGAAGGCCCCUGAAGACAAGUUCUUUUUCCGUGUAACGACGAGCUGGGACUAUGGCUGGCAACAGAAGCAGUCGCGGCUGCGAGCUCGCGACGUGAACCGCGGCCGCCGCGCCAUCCUGCGCGACACAUUCUACCGCAAGAACAACCUCGCGCCCGACCCGAGGCACUACUGCAACCCCGCUGGAGGAGACAUCUCCUUGUGCAGCGAAUAUACUUGCGAUACUAAUUGAUAUGGCUAUAGGCAUAACUGAGUAGGCUCCUGCGGGAGAGAUGUGAUGUGACGCGAGAGCUCAGUGAUUCCUCAAGAACAUACUCAGUUAUGCGCUAUCCUUUAGUUAGGCUGGUUUUCUGACACUGGAUAGGUUAACAUAUUGUGUACCUAACUUUGUUUUUAGGUUUCCGUACCUCAUAAGGAAAAAAGGAACCCUUAUUUCAUGAUUCUAGGUCAACAGGAAGUACUUUACAGGUUUUCUUGAUAGACACGACAGAAAAACAGAUAAGUAACAAAGUUAUUCUAUAAGGCUUAUAGACAGACAGGCAACAAAAUCAUCCUAUUUUUGAAGAAUUUUAUAUUUGAGGACACAGGAAUAUAAUUAUUAAAGAUACAAGAAUAAAAUAAUAAUGCAGUAGUAUAGCAAAAAACAUAUAUUUUAUAAUUUUAUUAUUUACAAUAAUUCAACUUUUAUUUACAUAUUUAACAACAGCAAAAUGUACCCGUUCCUUAAGGUCCCAUCACACUGUUUACAAGAAAUUUGUAAAUUAAAAAAAUGUUUACAGAUUAA